GACUCGCUUGACUUUAAUAUCUGCACCGCACCCCACACUACUGUAGAACCUCUCUAUUUUCUCACUUGGGAAGAUUCAGUAGUGGUAUACUCAUCGAGAGUCCAUAUAUAGGAUCGCCGCUGCUACCAAUCUUAGCAGCAGCAGCUACCUUGGCAUACAAAAAUAUUAUAAACCUCGAUGGAGAGGGCCACGACGACGUGGUUCCACGAGCAGGCGGCGGCGGCGGCGGCAGCGGAGGACGACCUAUAUCUGGCGUUGACGCCGGCGGGCAGAAGGCUAGACCGGUACGACGAGCAAGCGCAGACGGUGUGCGUGGAGGGCAAGACGGUGCGGUUGUUCCAGUGCCUCUUCUGCGACAAGACGUUCCUCAAGUCGCAGGCGCUCGGCGGCCACCAGAACGCGCACCGCAAGGACCGCCUCGCCGGAGUCCUCGGCGACCCCUACAGCAACGACAGCCCGUUGGGAGGUGCCGCGACCGGGCCGUCCUGCGAUUCUGCUGCCGGCUGGUCCAUGUGCACCUACAUCGCCUCGCACGGCCGUGGCGCCGCGGUGGCUCCAGCCACCGAUGCCUGCACGCAAGAGAGAUGGGGAGGCGGCCGCGCUCCACGCUUCGCUGAGCCGGCGCCGCUCCUGGACCCGUCCACUGGCCGCGACGGCAUGGGUCGGUCAAAGGCCUCUGGCGCCGGCGAGGCGCUGGACCUCGAGCUGCACCUCUAGCUAUUAGCGUCGACCGGCCGGCUGCUGAAUUUCAUAUAGCACAGGUGUCGUCGACGGAAACAUUCAGCAACAAUUGUAAUCGUCUGUGUCGGCGAUCGAACUUGGUAUCGCCACGUCGGCUGCUCUCGGUAUAUUUGCGUUCUUGCUUCAUAUUGUAGGCAGCUAGCUGGCAUUGUGGUUUCACCCGUCAAUAGUCAUCUCGUGAUAAAAUAAUUGUUAAUAUUCCUCGUUCAUCAAUCCGCACGGCAUGUAAUAACGGCUCAAUCGUAAUAAUAUCAGUGUACCUGUUGCUUCCCC